AUGGAGGAGGAGGAGGAGGAGGAGGUGGAGGAGGAUGCAGCACAGGGAGCACGAGCUGUAGCAGCUUAUGUUGUAGUAGCGGCUGUGGUGUCGUAGGAGGGGGAGGCGGAGGGAGGGGAGGCUCUACUCAUGGCGCCGAGACGCCCUCUAAUCUAGCCAGUAUCACGCCGACCGCGCGAGAAGCAAUACGCUUGCCGUCGGCCCGUAGUCAACGUUUCCAGCACAAGACGUGCGACGUGUUGCUGUUACGUUGUCCAAAUAAUAACAACAACAAUAACAACAAUAACAACAACAACAACAACAACAGUAGCAGCAGCAACAACAGUUGCAACAAACAGGAGGAUAUUUAUUGCGACAGCAGCGACGAUUCGGAACUUUUGUUGACGCCAAAGUGUCACGUUGAGCAAUCAAAGGCUAGUCACCAUUAUCACAGUCAUCACAGUCAUCAUAAUCAUCAUCAUCAUCAUCAUCAUCAUAAUCAUAAUCAUCAUAAUUAUCAUCAACCGGCACAACAACAGCACCAACAACAACAACAAAUUAGAUCGGGUUGUAGUGGCAGUGGUGUCAUUUUGAACAGUGGUGCUCCAUGUGCAGGUGGUUGUUGUAGUAAUAAUAGUAGUAGUAGUAGUAGUAGUAGUAGUAUUAAUAGUAGUAACAACGGUGUUUGCGUUGCUGUGACAAGUAAUAAUGGUUUCGGUGGUACACCCUCCCCAUGUUGCGAACUGACCAGUACCAGCGAUAAAUAUAAGAGUGCCGUGGAGUCCUUGCUGAAGGCCAACGAAGCGGCGCAAGGCCGUCCCGUUGAUAGAUCCAUGCUGAAGAUCGAGAAGCCACAGUCUUCGUCCAAGGUGGUUGCUUUGCACGGUGUCGAAGGGACUGGCAAGUCGAUGGACAGGAUGAAAUCCUCGCAGGACGUCGUAGGUUAUGUUGGUAAGCACGAGCCGGUAAAAUCCAAGGGGAAUCACGAUUCUACUCAUGGAUUCAAGGUCGAGAAUCUCAAGUAUUACGGCGAGUUGAAGGGCUAUGAUUUUAAAUCUUACGGUACGAUCGACAAGGCAAUCGUUACCGCUCACGAGAAGUCACAUUUGCAUGGUGCACCACAGGAGAAGGUUUCUCAUGAGAAAUGUCACGCGAAAUUGUCGUCAGGUUCGACGUCCUCGGCAUCGUCACCGGCGAUCCAAGCAUACCUGAAGGUACCGAACGUCGUCGAUCGUCAAGCAGAGAAGAGUCCCUACGGGGAGCACUAUUAUCAUAGAUCGUCACACUCCAAGCCGCAGAAUGCGUAUCAGGUUUAUCAGGAGACGAAGUAUUCUUACAACGUUAGUGGGGUGCCUGGAACACCGGCACAGGCCAGCGCAGCCGCAGCGUUCUUUGCAAGAGCCGCACAGAAGUUAAACCUCUCGUCGAGUCCCCAUCGUCGACGGCGUUCCGGUGACGAGAACAUCGGACCAGAAGAGCAACCCAUCUUUCCUAAUGGAUACGCCGCAUUGCUUCUCAAAUCACCGCCUCCGGCACCACCGGCCCUUCUCAGACGAAUAGGAGUCAAGGAGCUCACCGGAGUUGGCAAGGUGAAAGUCAUGCUUAGGGUGUCCCCAGGGGACGGUGGUAGUUUCUUUAACGCCGAUAAACGUAAGAAGCAAGUGACUUUGGUGGAUCCAGCAUCUGGUCAAUCUUCCUCGGCUGAAGAUCGUAGGCCAACCGUAGCAGCACCGAAGAUGUUUGCAUUCGAUGCUAUAUUCACGGAGGAAGAUUCUCAGACGGAAAUCUGUUCGAGCGCCCUUACCGACGUUAUUCACGCUGUCAUCAAUGGAACGGAUGGUUGCCUCUUUUGUUAUGGACAUGCAGGUUUGGGCAAGUCUCACACAAUGUUGGGCACCCCUGAGGCAGGCCACACUUUGGGUGCAAUCCCAUGCGCGAUAGCGUGGCUCUUCCGUGGAAUUUCCGAGCAACGUCAGAGAACCGGCGCCAGAUUUAGCGUGAGGGUCAGUUGCGUUGAAUUGACCACCGGCCAGCAACAGUUGAGAGAUCUUCUUGCCGCUCAUGCAAAUGAUUCAGAACAAUCACCGGCCGUUUAUCUGAGAGAUGAUCCACUGUUCGGUACAUUGCAGUUGCAACAACACAGUGAGCUCCGAGCUCCGACCGCGGAACGUGCAGCUUUUUAUCUCGACGCAGCAGUUGCCGGUCGUCAACGAGAAGAUGGAGAUGCUCACAUGCUCUAUACUUUACACGUGUAUCAGUAUAGCGUGGCUGGCAAGGGUGGUGUCGCCGGUGGUAGAAGCAGACUACAUCUCAUGGACCUUGGUAAUUCCGACCGUGGUAAAUCGUCCGGUGGAAUACCACUUUCGGGUCUGGGAAAUAUUCUCUUAGCCAUUUUCAACGGACAAAAGCACUUGCCGUACAAGGAGCAUAAGCUAACCCAAUUACUGAAGGAAUGUCUCGGCUCGUUAACGUGUCAUGCGGCAAUGAUCGCCCACGUAUCUCCGAAUGCACAACAUUAUACCGAGACUCUAACGACCGUGCAGUUGGCAUCGAGAAUUCAUCGGAUGAGACGUAGGAAGAUUAAGUUUGUCGGUGGUGGUACACAGGGUACCGGAAGUGGUGGUAGCUCUGGCGAGGAAGCAGCCAGACAGAACAGCGAAUGUGAUCCAAGUUCGAGUGAUCUUUCAGCAGAUACUGUAAUCUACGUUGGUCCAUCCGCCGAUGACGCAACCGACGGAGAACAUCCACCGGUUUACAUUCCUAGUUUGAAUUCCGGUGAUAAUCGUUGUGCCAUGGGUAGAGUUCUUCGUGGUUCAGCGGCUGAGAGACCUAGUAAGAUACCUGAGGAAAGGAGUCCGGCGCACAAGGCCACGAAAAUAGCGAAGACUUUAACACAAACAGCUUCGAAACAAACUUCACCUGCUCACAGUGCCACGCCAAAGGCCAGUCCAGCGAGAAAGAUAUCUUCGAGCAAGGUUUCGAGUUCAAAGGUAACCGACUCGCCGAGUAGUAAGAUUCCAGUAGCCGCUUCGAGUGGUGCUUCGGACGAACAAUGGAUAGAUGGUCCAAGAAUUUCAAAAUCAAAGGUUGCCGAGGCUAGACACAUGUUGAAGGAUUCUCAUCAUAAACGAGAGACUUGGAUAGACGGACCGAUGCAAUUGACCGGUCCCCCUCUCUUACCACUUCAUACUCAACAACAGCAUUCUUCCGGUUAUGGAUUUAUGGACAGCCAUAAGAAGAGUAUGAUAAGGAAAUGGGUGGAAAAUCAGUCGUCGCAAAUUCAACGAUCUAAGCACGCUCAGUCACGUAUGGAACCGUUAAAAGGCACUGGACAAUCUUCUCAGUUCAAGGAAAUGACGACGUUCAAAAGUUGUUCCGCCACUGUUGACGACGACGAUACCUCUUUAUCAACGGCUGAGAGUGAUAGUCUGAAAGCCAACGAAAUCGAAGACAUCACUGAGAAACUCGGAGCUAAACUAAAUCUUCUCAACGUCAAGUCAAACACCGAUUCGGGAUUAGACUUAACAGCUAGCCCAGUUAUGGACGAUAGCGUUGAUAGAGGAAAGUUAGAUCUUCCGGAGGAUGAGGAUGACGACGAAGAGAUAGUUGUACCACCCCCUUUACCUCUGAUCGAACCUCUUAGCAAUGGAGUUAGCAGAGAAGUCUCAAUGGAAAGUUUGAAUCUUUCUCACAAGGACAUUGUACUACCAUCCAGACACUCGCUCUCAUCCGAAGACGAAAUCUUAGAAAUUGUUGAGGUAGAAGAUUUAGAACCAGUGCCAAUGCAGGAUUCCUGUCUUCAAGUCACGGAAGAGGACAUUGCCAUGUGUAUGGGAGAAAAUCCUUUACCAGAAAGCGAUCAAGAGGAACAUCCUUUAAGAAUUCUAAGCCAGGAGAAUCUCACGGUUGUCUCUACGUUUACUGACUCAAUGUCGGUGAUGUCAGAUACGGAACGCUACAGAUCUCAUUACCCACCUCCUGUUGGUGCUGGUGUAAUGCCAAGGCCAUAUUUCGACCAUGAGGAUUUCUUAGAACAAGAGACCAGGCACAAGUUCGAUCAAUUGGCACGACUUCACGAGCUCUACCAAAGCAAGCUAGCUCUCGCUAAUGUCUCGAAUUCAGCGACGUAUCAAAGAGAGAAUUCGUCCACUGUGAACUCCCGAGAAGCUCCAUCCGCCACCAUCUUCCGUCCGCCAUCACGCUGUCAGUCAUUGUCCCUUACGGACGUCUUAUUCAACGACAAUGCGAGCAAUCAUGGUAGUAUCUACAGCGAGCCCGCAUAUAUAGCUGGCAAGUCCGAUCAGGAGAAGAUAUGUGACAAUUGUCGUCAAAGUAUGUCAAGACCAGCGACAGCAUUUUAUUGGUACCCAAGUAGCGUCGCUCAUCUUGCCAGUCCAAGAAGGUACUGCGGCAAAUUAGGCGAGUGCAAUAUAUCUAGUCUGAGGCAUCCAGACGGUGCUUCGAAUCCUAAUUUAAAGGAAGAAAUCGAAAGGAUACCUGGAAACGGUGCUUCGGGCUCGGAUCCUGAGGAGGAAUACGUUGAGGCAAAGAAACUCUUCACUGCGGCGGAGAGAUCGGAAAGGACGAUUACGGGCAAGUCUGAUAUCGAGGAGGACGUUAAAAUUCAAGCACCAUCCUCCGGUAGAAUGCAACGAAAAAUUCUAAGUCUUGGUUCCUCCUUGGGUCUCAACAAAGAGGGUUACGAAUCUGACGCCGAUUCAGCAGCACGGGCAGCUAAAUUGUCACCAGCUACUUUAUCCAGACAUCGUGCUGAAAGUUCGGGAUACGACAGUGUUGUAAGGGACAGUGAGACCAGCAGUAUCGCUAGUGAUUCUUCUAGGCAAACCAGUGCUCUUCAAGAACAUCAAGCGGUGGAACGGCGGGUGGCAGGGCGCGUGCUCCGGGCACGGCUUCACUCUCAGCAGGUGGCACGGCAUCCGGUCGAGCCACCACUACUGCCACCGGGGAUACUCGUUUACACAGGCGAGGACGUGGACAUCCUGGACAAGCGCGCGCGAUUGCGUUCGGAGCCACGUGGCACGAUGUCCAAGAUACACAACCUGCGACUGCGCCAGCGCCUUCUUAGGCACGAACUCAAAGACGCCAAGAAACGAUUGAUGGUUCCCGACUGUCGUUGGAGUUACGAAUUGCACGUGGAGGACAGUAUGGACUGGCGUGACCCGUCCUUUCUCGAGGCUCUCGAAGCUGAAACUUGUAUACUCCAGAAACGAGUAGAAGCUUGCAAGAGUCAUGUCCUCUUGGUCACCUGUUUCGAUUUCUGUCCUCAACGCUCCUCAACGAGUAACGUCGCUUCGCCGCAAGAAAUAAAUAUCACCUAACGUAGAUUCGGAUCAGCGCGUACGACCGCGUGCUGAUCAAUACCGAUACCGGUUAACCAUCUUAACAUGCGUCUUCUGCUCUGCCUACGAUCGAAAUCUUUUGUUUUCUAUGAUUCGCUAGGUCGGCGAUAGAGUUAAUAAAAGAUAGAGAAGAGAAGAGACGAGCGAGGUCGUCGAAUAAAAUGCGUCACCGACACCGGCGCCGAUGUCGCUCGACUCCGUCCAGAAUAACUGUUAUGGUUAGUCAAAAAAUCGUCGUAUCCUCGUCUUACCAUCGCACGUCGUUGUUAUCCUUUGUCCAGUUUAAGCGCUACGGGAAGAAAAAUGAAAAGAAAAAUAAAAAGAGAGACAGAGAAAAAGAAAGAAAGAGAGAGGGAGAGAGAAAUGCCUCCACGAUAUUUUAACCUUUCAAUUACGAAAUCACGAAGGAAGAAAAUCACUUUUUUCGCGAAUCGAUCUCGUAUCUCUCAAUCGUCUUUAAUUAAUCCUAACAUUGAAUUUAUCAUUGAAUAUUAAAAAGCGUGUUUACUAUCAUACGAUGACCUUGCUUGCUUUUUGUAGAUGAAAGGUUAAAGGGACGGCACUGUACACAUAUGUACACAUCGGUAAAUAUACUUACGUACGCGCACACGCACGUGUCUUCUUAUUGGAGUUGUUAGAGACUAUAUCGAAUAUAUAUAUAAAUAUAUAUAUAUAUUAUAUAUAAAUAUAUAAAUAGUAUAUAUCUAUGUAUUCGCGUUACGAUUUCUCGACGUUCGAGUUUCCUCGGUUCUUUUUUAAAUGGCGUACGUCGAGUUUCAAAUGACUCCCCACAAUCGAGAUAGAUAAAAGAUGUUAUUAUUAUUAUUAUUAUUAUUAUUAUUAUUAUUAUUAUUAUUAUUAUUAUCAUGACUAUUAUUAUUAUUACUAUUAAUAUUAUUAUAAUUAUUAUCCUAAUCAUUAUUAUUACUAUUAUUAUUAUGAAUUAUUGUUACGAAAUGUAGAGAGCGCUCGACAGGCGAUUAUUAUAUAUAAAUGUUUAUAUUUAAUUUAUUCAUUUUUAACGUACAAAAGAUAGGUGCUGCGUUUAUUAUCAUUCUUAAUGCGUGUAUCGUUCGUUGCACUUCGCGUUUCAAGUAAAUGAAAAUUUAAAGAAAAAAAAAAGAAAAAAAAUAAUAAUAAUAAUAAAAAGAAAAAAAAAGAAAAUAGAUUCGCACUGCCGUUGAUCGACCGAUAUAAUAACGAUAACUUUACCGAAAGCCUUCCGACGAACGUAAAGUAGCGUUUGUUAAAUUUUAUUACGAACGAACGGACGCGCUGUUGCGUCCUUCUCCUCGUAUCGUUCGUUCUAGUCGCGUUAGGCAAUAAUAUAAUCGAUUAGAUCCGUACUGCCAUACUGACCGAUACGACGUCAAUGAUAGAAAAGAAAGAAAGAAAAAAAAAAAGAAUGAAAACAAUACACGACUUCCAAUAUAAAGACUGUCGGCGAAUAGGCCGAAUUUUUAGCGUUUCAAAACGUUGAAGACAAAGAGAGAGACGAUCGAUUUAUUAUCGAUUUACUAAAAAAUAAUACAUUCUUCGAUGAGAUUAUUUAACGUGAAACUUAUGCGAUUAGAAACGUGCCAUGAAAAAUGUGUGAGGUGGACUUUUCUAAUCGAGAACUCGAUUGUUUCUUUUUAAUCGUAAAAAUGAAAUGAACGAAAAAAGAAAAAUAAAAGAAAAGAAAAAAGUACAUAAAGAAAUAAGCAAAAAAGCAAUGUAUAAAUAUCAAAGUUCGAUCACCAUCGUCAUAGAAAUCUCGAUUCAUGCUAUUGUAAACGAGUCGUAGAUAUAAAAUAGAAAACUGCCAACGAGCAACAUGCUACUGCCAAAAGGGAGAAAAAGAAACAAAAAAAAAGAAGAAACGGAAGAACAAAAAGAAAACGAGAGCACGAUAAAAUCAUUUUUUGUACGAUUUAAGAGUUAAUGAGAAAAAGAUUAAAGUAAGGGUAAUGAAGAAAAGAGAAAAAAAAAGAAAGAAAGAAAAGAAAAAAUUAAGGAACUGCGACCGCAAGCGAACUAACUUAAAAUAUACACGCACGUUAAUUCAAGAUAUUAUCGUAGCUUUAAUUGUUAUCGGCAGUUAUCGCACUUCGUAGGGUUCUGUAACUUCACGUAGAAAGACGCUGAUCGUGGUGAAUACGAGAUUAAAAAGAAAAAGAAAUAAAGAGAAAGACAGAGAGAGACAGAGAGAGAGAGAGAGAAAUAAUUAGAAAAUUGCAUUUGUAAAAAUGAAACUCGUAAGAACACAUGUAAGGAAUGAAAAUAUGUCUCGUUUUCGAUAAAACAGGAAAAAAGGAUAAAAUAUAAAUAAUAACAAUAAAUAAUAAGAAUAAAAAAAAAUAAAAAGAAGAAAGUCAAAAGAAAAACAAUUAGAUUAGCCAAGAGUUCUCGAAAAUAUCGACGUUGAGAAUAUUUAAGAGAAAAGACAACGUACGGGGUUAAGAAGUGGACGGUCCCGAAAAGAAGGGAGAGAAUGAAAAUAGGCGGGAUAAAAAUAAAUCGGUAUACCAGUAGGCGGUUAAAAUGCAAAAAUAGAGAUUCCAGCAUUCGAAUGCAUGUCGCGGCGAACCGAGAUCCGAUAACUAUCAAAAACAUCCCCUCUCUUUUCGUCUUAAUUUUCGUUUCGCAUAUAUGUAUCUACCUCUCUUCAAUUUUCCUUCGUGCAUUAUGUAUAUACAAGAAUAAUGUAUGUAUGUAUGUAUGUAUGUAUGUAUGUAUGUAUGUAUGUAUGUAUGUAUGUAUGUAUGUAUGUAUGUAUGUAUGAUCGAAUAAGCAAAUAUGCUCGAUCAGAAAAAAAAGAAAAUGAAAAAAAAAAAAAACGAAAGAAGUUGACUAAUCGUAAGAACAAAUUCUUUGAUUGGUGUUUCGAGCUUUUAACCUGAAAUUCGAAUUUUUGUUCCCCCGUUUCUUUUUUUCUAUUACACAUAUACACACACACACACA